AUGACCAGCAACUGGGUGUACGACGUUAAGAACCUGUUGACUCACGACGUCCGCCCCGUCCACGCCAGCCGCCUGAAGUUCUACGCGGGCCGUGACUUGGACGUGACGUCUGAGCUGCUCGCCCACGUCGCCCACAACUCAGAAGGCUUCGAGGUGGAGGCUAUGGUGAGCGCGCGGUACCCCACUACCAAAGUUUACGAGCUGUUGAUCAAGUGA